UUGUCAGACUAAAAUUCGCGCCAUUUUUAUUAUUGAAAGACGAAAGUUAAAUAAAUGUGAAUUUUGUAAACAAAUAAACUGAAAAAAUGUCAACACCUUCAAAGCGGCCGUCUUCGCGAGCUUCGUCAGAGGCAGCCACACCAUCUCGCAGAACUAGAUCGUCGCAACAGCUCGUUGUGCCUGAAACACCACAAAGAUCUACCGGCACGCCUCAAGAUGGCACUCUUCAUACUCCUCAACAAACUCCUGGCACUCCAAGGCGGCAGGCUCCAGGAACUUCACCAGCAAGACCACUGCCCUCCAGCCCAUUUGGAACUGACAUAGAAAUGAGCUCUCCACUCAACUAUGGUACGCCAAGUUCAUUGAGCACCCCUCGGUCGCUACUGAGAGGGACAAUGACCCCAUCCAGGCAGAGGGCUGAUUUGAGAGGGCAUCAGAGUGGACCUAACGUACCAGCGCCAACUCCUAGCAGAGGGGCAACAACUAACGAACCAGAAACGUCCAGUGAGCCCCAGCUGGUGGUUUGGGGCACCGACGUAGCGAUCGCGGAAUGUCGCGAGAAGUUCAUAAAGUUCAUUCAGAGGUUCAUUGAACCCACUGCUGACACCACUGAGCCGUUGUACGAGAUUAAAUUAGAUGAGAUCCACACACUAGAAGAGCCAUUUUUGGAUUUGGAUUGUGAACAUGUCAAAAUAUUUGAUUCAAAAUUGCACAGACAACUUGUGUGUUAUCCUCAAGAGGUAAUCCCAGCAUUUGAUGCAGCGGUGAAUGAGUUGUUCUUUGACAAGUAUCCAGCAGCAGUUUUGGAGCACCAAAUACAAGUGCGACCAUACAAUGCUCCCCAACGGAACAUGAGAGAUCUUAAUCCAGAAGAUAUCGAUCAGCUAGUAACAAUAUCAGGGAUGGUCAUCCGUACAUCUGGCAUAGUCCCGGAGAUGCGUGAAGCGUACUUCAAGUGCGCGGUUUGCGGAGCCGCCGCCGCCGGGGAGCUGGAGCGAGGCAGGGUCCCGGAACCCGCCCACUGUUCACACUGCAACACCGCUCACAGCUUCCAGCUGAUACACAAUAGGUCGCACUUCAGUGACAAGCAGCUCGUGAAGCUGCAGGAGGCUCCUGACGAUAUGCCGGCCGGUCGUACUCCGGCUACCGUGAGUGUGAUGGCCCACGGCGCCUUGGUGGAGAAAGUGGGCGCGGGCGAGAGAGUGGCCAUCACUGGGGUAUUCCGCGCCGCGCCGGCCACUGUCAAUCCGCGCAGGGCCACUCUGAAGGCGCUGCAUCGCACGCAUUUAGAUGCCCUGCACUAUAAGAAGACCCACAGUGAACGCUUACUGGAGACUGAGGAAGGAAAAGAACACCAGUUCCCACCAGAACGCAUCGAGCUAUUCAAAGCGCUGUCAUCUCAGCCAGACUGCUACGAGCGACUCGCACGUGCUAUCGCUCCCUCCAUUUACGAAAACCUCGAUAUCAAAAAGGGAGCAUUAUUGCAACUAUUAGGUGGGACCAAGAAGAAUUUCAAUGUCGCUGGACGGACGCAUUUUAGAUCUGAAAUAAACAUCCUCCUCUGCGGAGACCCCGGCACAAGUAAAUCUCAGCUGCUGCGCUGGGUGCAUGCGCUGGUACCCCGAGCGCAGUACACCUCGGGGCGCGGCUCAUCAGCGGUGGGGCUCACGGCCUACGUCACCAAGGACCCCGACACGAGGCAACUGGUGCUGCAGACGGGUGCGUUAGUACUGGCUGACAAUGGAAUCUGCUGUAUUGAUGAGUUCGACAAGAUGAAUGACUCCACUCGCAGUGUUCUUCAUGAGGUGAUGGAACAACAGACCCUCUCGAUUGCCAAAGCUGGUAUAAUCUGUCAACUCAACGCGCGCACCUCAAUACUAGCCGCUGCCAAUCCGGCAGAGUCACAGUGGAACAAGAACAAAACUAUCGUGGAGAAUGUACAACUACCACAUACACUCAUGUCAAGGUUCGAUCUAAUAUUCUUGGUGCUGGACCCUCAAGACGAAGUGUUCGACCGCCGCCUCGCGUCGCAUCUCGUGUCCCUGUAUUACCAGGACCCCACCAACUCGCAGGACGAUGAGGAUGUAGUGAAUAUGAGCCUGAUGCGCGACUAUAUCGCGUUUGCAAAAGAAAACGUUCACCCGACGCUGUCCGACGCGGCGCAACAGAGACUCAUCGAUGCUUACGUGGAUAUGAGGCGAAUAGGUAGUGGUCGCGGUCAGAUCUCCGCAUACCCGCGUCAGCUGGAGUCCCUCAUCAGACUGUCGGAGGCGCACGCUCGAGUCAGACUGUCUCCUGUGGUUGAGAUUAUUGACGUCGACGAAGCAUCGCGAUUACAUAGAGAAGCUCUGAAGCAAUCGGCAACGGAUCCAGCAUCAGGUCGUAUAGACGUGGGUAUCCUCACCACCGGGCUGGGCGCUGCGGCCAGGAGACGCCGGGCCGACCUCGUCGCCGCGCUCAAGGAGCUCAUCAAGCCCUACAACAAGCCCCAUACCAUCACUCACGCCAAACUGCUGCAGGAAGUCAACGCCAACUCACAGAUUACGGUGUCACGGGACCAGCUCGACGAAGCGUUACGCGAUCUUCAGGAUGAAGGGAAAGUCGUUAUCGUCAGCCACACUCAUCUCAGACUUUGUUAAUAUUCCAAAUAAUGGAAACAGUUCCAAUAGUGUUACGGCCUGCGCAGACAAGUGUCUAUUGUCCGCCGAUAGCAAAAAUAGGCCACUAAGUACUGUAUUGCAUAACACAUACGAUGGACACAGAACGCUAACACGUUUAAACGCCAUGGUGACCUCGUCGGCUACGUAUCCAAACAAUUCGUAUUGAAAUGUAUGACAAUUAACUCACAUGACUACUGUAGCCUCAUAUGUAGCCACGGCCGAACGACCCUUACGUGUAGACUGGAUAGUCUGGCGACGCGUAGCCAAGACGCCAGUAAUUUGUAUACAAGUUACUCCUCCCUCACUCAGUGGCCGCGACGGACACCCGCGUGUCUUUAUUUGGCAAGCUCAUUUGGCUACGGUAGGUAGGUAGCCACUAGCCAGCGACGUCGCUAUGGCGUCCCAGUGUGUUAUGGCUCUAAUGACGGCGAAAAGUCAUGGUAAAAGAUGGACUUGUCCUCCGCAGACUAUAUUAUAGUACAUCGUCUGGGCAGGCCCUUAAGAUGUUUUUUACAUUAAAUGCAAUACUUGACAACAAUCAAGUUUAUCAUGGCAUUGUUGUGAUUUUUUAAUAUUGAAUGGCCCACCUGUUUUAAGAACAUUACGUAGUUAUUGUAAGUGAAUAAAAUAAAAUGUUUAUUUUCUCAA